UCAUUAUUGUAAACAAAUGAAUAAAUUUAUGUUUUACUUAUUGAUAAAUAAAUAAAAUUAAAAUGGCGCGGAAUUUAGAUAUUGAACGCAUGCGUGUUUUCAUGCUCGAGUCACCUUCAUUUCAUUCUGCGGGCAUUAACCCACACACUUUUCUAAGAAAUCAUCCUCACUAUUUCAAAUUGAUCAGAGUUGAUUCUAUUAUUUAACAUCGGACAUUUUUAUUCAUGAAGAAUUAAAAUUUAUUUCUCUAUCAUUCAAAAUAAUUUAAUUAUUAUUUCAUUAAUCUUUUUAAUCGACAAUUCUGCUUAUUUUAUGUACCAUGUAUGUAUUUACAUAUUCCGAAGGCCGAGUAUUGAUAAUAAUGGAUGGCAAAGACUCGUUGAUGUGCUGGAGUAAGCUUGAGCCACAGCGCAAGUCUGAUGAAGACCAGAAGCGAGACAGAAUUAAUUUUGGAGUGUUAGAGAGUAAGAUAGAGCCUAGGUAUAGGCGUAUCAACUGCUUCCUAAUGUCGGCAGUCCAACGGUAUCGUCUCCUUGAAGUGGAGGUGUUUUUAACCUAAAAAUUAUAUUAACUACAAGUAUAAUAACUAUCGAAAGCGAGGGAAAAUAAAUUUAUACCAAAUGUUUUCUAAUGAUUUUUUUUUAUUGUAAUAAUUAUUGAUCAAUAUCUGAAAUUUAUAUUAUUUCAACUAUAACUGCAAUUUUUAAUUUAAAAAAAAAUGACAAUAAUCAAACGAAACACAGAAAUAAAUAAAAGUAUGAACGAGGCCGGUGUUAGUUUAUUUAUAGAUCCUUUGAGUUGUGUCAAAAAGAAUUUUUGUUACGGAAGAGAAAAGUUAUCAAUGAAGCUCGAAAUUCUUGAAUGAGUUCUAUAUUUUCUAUGUUUAAUAAAAAUUAUUUUCAAUAUGACACUAAAAAUAUUAUGAACUUAGUGAUAAUAUAUUAUAUGACUGAAAGUUUUUACAAUAUUGAGUUUCUUUUAGUGAAGAUAGUCAUUUUCUUUUCGUGUCUAUAAUUAAAAGUUUAUAUAAAAAGUGAAUAAAGUGUUUAAUGAUCCUGACAAUCUCAUUUGGCAUCAGAAUUUAUAAGAUUUCCUUAUUUUUUCUAAAAAUCAAAAAGGACUUUUCAGCCUAGAAAAGUGGCUUCCUUUAUAUUAGUGAGGCCUUGGUAUGGUAAAUUUAAAGCUUCUUCAAAAUAAAGUGACGACAAUCACUAAUAAAAAUGCAACAGGAGAAUCCAGUUGAAAAGGUCGUUGUAUUUAUCAGGUACUUUGGCGUGGAUAAAAACAAUUGCACUUAAAAUUAAAACAAAGCAUUUACUUUAGUAUAAAAAAGAGACAUUAGACAUUAUUAUUUAGUAGCCGCGAGUUUUGCGAGUAAAGCUUACUGUUUAUCUUUUCAUGUACUAGAAAAAAAAAACAAAGUGAAAAGUUCAAUGUAAAGUAUAAAUCAGACAAGUGAAAAAAGCUUGGCAAGCGCUAAAUAGAGCACGACGUGCUUUUAUUUAUAUUGUUUCAAUUUAUAUUGAGGGUAAGCUAGUGUAAUGUGAGCUUUUAAAAAUGAAUUAACUGACUCUGGGAACUAGUGAGUGUGCAAUAGUCUCAUGAAUGGAAUAACUAGAUACUUUUGAUGUUUACAAGAAUGCUAUGUUGCCAAGAAUCAUCAUCACUAACAUGCUAGCACGAAUACCAAAAGACUUUCAUGUAUCAUAGUGCAACUAGCAAUUACGUGACCUCCACGCCUGCUUUACGUUGUCAUUAUUAUGUUCACUAUUUUUAAUUACUCAUCUCAUUCUGGUAUUUUUAUUCCAUUUAGUAUGUUUCUGCACUUAUUACAGUAGCUGAAGUUGACGUUGAUAAAAAUAUCCAAACGUUUGUGAAAAAAAAAUUAUCUUAUCCGAAUUGAUAAAGGAAUUUGUACUAUUCUAAAGGGUGAUAAGUGAACAAGUCAAUAUUUACAUUGAGUGUAAGACACUUGAGUUAUGUAUUAACGUGCAUUCUCUUUAUAUCACUUUUGCUGCUCUAAAAAACUACUGAUGUGGAUAGAAUACCAGUAGCUUGACUCCAGUGAGUCAAUGAAGCUUUGAGAAAAUAUAUAGAUAAAUAACCAAUCAGUCUUUGCUCGUUCCCUUGGAAUUUAAUCCGAUUAUUUUACAUCAGCGUUUGUCAAUAUUUUUCCAUUCAACGAUGGCUUUUUUUAUGCCUUACCAAACUUGUGUUCAUGUGUACAAAGUUGUUUAACUUAAAAGUAAAUAUAUAACAGACAUUAAGAAAUGGAAUCACGUCCAAAAAUCGAAAUAGUUCGGGUGUCAUCAAUAGAGCGAGCUAAUUUUCGUCCUCUUGACGGUGUUCAAUUGAGAGCGGCUUAUAGUCACUUAAGGAUCGGUACGUUUUGUCCAGAACCUGAAAUUGAGAUCACUCCUUGUGAGAAUAAAUCAAUAAAUCAACCAAAAAAGUUUAAAAAAACUUUGGGACCAGUUUCAAGACUGUUGAGGCGACGUCAAGGUACUUGCCUUACCACGAAAUCCUGUGAUAAUAUUUAUAGUGUGAAUAAAAGUAGUUCAGGCUUAGACUGGAAAAUAGGACAACGCUCAACUGAGUCAGCUUUGCAAUCUCGCCAAAGUAAUAGUUUAGAUUGGCGAAUGGGUCGAAAAGUUAACACUGAUUGGCAAAAUACUAGCAGAAGUGCGGAACAUUUACUUUCACGAAGUCCGAGAAUUAGUGGAUUAAGAAUCCCUACGACAAAAUCAAAAAUAGUUUCAUUAUUUAGGAGACUGUCUCCAAGACUAUCAAGACCAGGAAGUAAACAUUCCUUACCAUCAUCACCGAUAGUUUGUCCAUGGAUUCACGUUGAGUAUUCAAGUGAGUCUGUUACUGAUGCACGACGUGAGGAGUCUCAAGAGAGUGACGUUAGUUACCAGCAGGAGCUACAGUUGAAUGAGCUCAGAAAAAAAAUGUUUGGAGCCUCACCUUCAUCCUCAGCCUCUCAGAUGCUGAUCAACGAAGCUGUGAUAAAUAAUAAAAGUGAUGAAAACCGAAAUAUGACAGAAAAGAGUGAAUCGGGCAACGUUAUAAAUCUUUAUAAUCGAGAGUAAGCUUUACUAUUUUUUCAAAUGCAAUCACAGGCCUACUAACCUUAAUUUUUUAUUUUUAAUGCACAUUAAUUAUUAUGACAAUAGAAUUUUAUUAAGAAACAUUAUCAAUAUUUAUUGCUUUAAUUUUAUAAAUAAUAUAAUAAUAUUUAAUUUUUGGGCUUGAAAAAUAAAGAGCACUUGUGGAAAACCAAUAAUGCUCAUAAGUUUUCGUCCUUAUAAACCUCUAGUACUGUAUUUAAUAAUUCAAGUAAUUAAAUCAAUUAAUUAUUCAAUGAUUGUGCAUGAUUCGUAAAGUCUGUUUUUAUCUAAUACUUUUACCUUUAACAGUCAAAAAAUUUUGUUAUG